AAAGAUCAGAGAAAACCUUUACAGAGUGUAUCCUGUGAAAGAAGCAGGGAGUUUUCAAAAUGGCAGCCAAAAAAUGAGCCACAAUGAUAGGAAAACAGUAGAAAAUGACCAUUAAUGACCAUUAGAACUAAAAACCUUUAAGAAAUCAGCCUUAUGCUGACAGAUUUCCAGGAGUUAAGGAGACUUCUCUUCAAGAGUUUGAAGAGAGACAAGAUGCAAGUUUGAGAGGGAUACAAGAUUUUGGAAGAGUAUAUGUUUUUGGUGUUAGAGUUGUUUGCUUAUUUUGGAUAAAGGAUGAGUUAUCUGAGCUUUCUAUUAGGAUGGACAGGUGGAGAGAAUAAAGGCCGAUGCCAGAGAGGCGAUAAUUCAUAGAACACUUGCAAAAAUGGAACCAGUGUGAACAUGAAGAGACACUUUUAUAAAAUAUCAGCACUAAAAAGAUUUUAAGGGAGUAACUAUUCCCAGUCAGAGGCGCUAUGUGUAUUAUUAUAGCUACCUGUUAAAGAAUCAUCUGGAUUAUAGACCAGUGGCACUGUUGUUUCACAAGAUGAUGUUUGAAACUAUUCCAAUGUUCAGUGGCGGAACUUGCAAUCCUCAGUUUGUGGUCUGCCAGCUAAAGGUGAAGAUAUAUUCCUCCAAUUCAGGACCCACACGACGGGAAGACAAGUUCAUGUACUUUGAGUUCCCUCAGCCGUUGCCUGUGUGUGGUGACAUCAAAGUAGAGUUCUUCCACAAACAGAACAAGAUGCUAAAAAAGGACAAAAUGUUUCACUUUUGGGUAAACACAUUCUUCAUACCAGGACCAGAGGAAACCUCAGAAAAAGUAGAAAAUGGAAGUCUAUGUGAUCAAGAAAUUGAUAGUAUUUGCAGUAUAGAGCGUGCAGAUAAUGACAAAGAAUAUCUAGUACUCACUUUAACAAAAAAUGAUCUCGACAAAGCAAAUAAAGACAAGGCCAACCGAUACUUUUCUCCAAAUUUUAAGGUGAAGCUGUACUUCACAAAAACAGUAGAGGAGUCAUCAAAUCCAGAGGCUAGCAGUUCAACUUCUGUAACACCAGAUGUUAGUGACAAUGAACCUGAUCAUUAUAGAUAUUCUGACACCACUGACUCUGAUCCAGAGAAUGAACCUUUUGAUGAAGAUCAGCAUACACAAAUUACAAAAGUCUGAUUUUUUUUUUUUAUCAAGAGGGAUAAAACACCAUGAAAACAAACUUGAAUAAACUGAAAAUGGACCUUUUUUUUUUUUUUUAAUGGCAAUAGGACAUUGUGUCAGAUUACCAGUUAUAGGAACAAUUCUCUUUUCCUGACCAAUCUUGUUUUACCCUAUACAUCCACAGGGUUUUGACACUUGUUGUCCAGUUGAAAAAAGAUUGUGUAGUGUCAUGUAUAUACCUUUUUGUGUCAAAAGGACAUUUAAAAUUAGGAUGAAUAAAGAUGGCACUUUCCCAUUUUAUUCCAGUUUUAUAAAAAGUGGAGACAGACUGAUGUGUAUACGUAGGAAUUUCUCAUUUUGUGUUCUGUCACCAACUGAAGUGGCUAAAGAGCUCUGUGAUACACAGGUUCACAUCCUACCCCUUUGCACUUGUGGCAACAGAUAAGUUUGCAGUUGGCUAAGAGGAGUUUCUAAAAGGUUUUGCUACAUUCUAAUGCAUGUAUUCAGGUUAGGGGAAUGGAGGGAAUGCUCAGAAAGGCAUUUGUUGUGUGCUGGAUUCUGGACCAUAUACCAUCUCCAGCUAUUUACACGCACCUUUCUUUAGCAUGCUGCAGUUAUUAAUCUGGACAUUUGAGGAAUUGGCCGCUGUCACUGCUUGUUAUUUGUGCAUUUUAUUUUUUUUAAGCAUAUUGGUGCUAGAAAAGGCAGCUAGAGGGAGUGAAUCUGUAUUGGGGUACAGGAAUGAACCUUCCACAACAUCUUAAGAGUCCACAAAUGAAGGGAUAUAAAAGUAACGUGGUCAGAGAUAAGAAACACAGCAACAAUGACUUAACCAUACAAAUGUGGAGGCUAUCAACAAAGAAUGGGCUUGAAACAUUAUAAAAAUUGACAAUGAUUUAUUAAAUAUGUUUUCUCAGUUGUAAUGACUGCUCCAUCUCCUGUGUAAUCAAGGCCAGUGCUAAAAGUCAGAUGCUAUUAGUACCUACAUCAGUCAACAACUUAUGUUAUUAGUUUUCAAUCAUAUACCUGCUGUGGAUGCUUCAUGUGCUGCCUACAAGCUUCUUUUUUCUCAUUAAAUAUACAAUAUUUUGUAAUGCUGCACAGGAAAUUUCAAUUUGAGAUUCUACAGUAAGCGGUUUUUUUUCUUUAAAGAUUUAUGAUGCACUUAUUCAAUCCAAUAGAUGUCAGCCGUUCCACCCUUUUGACCUUACACAUUCUAUUACAAUGAGUUUUGCAGUUUUGCACAUUUUUUAAAUGUCAUUAACUGUUAGGGAAUUUUACUUGAAUAUUGAAUACAUAUAAUGUUUAUAUUUAAAAGGAUGUUAUUUGUGUUAAAAAGGAAAUUAGAGUUGCAGUAAAUUUUCAACACUGCACAAAUAAUAAGUCAUUUACUUUUUCAGUAGAAAUUGUCCCACAUAAUGCUUUUAUCAAUUUGCUAUUGAAAGAAUAGAUUUUUUUAAAUGUGCAGUGUUGAAUCAUUUCUUCAUAGUGCUAGAGUUAGGAUUAGGGCUUCAGUUUCACUUCUUAAAUAUCAUAUAUUUGAUAUGCCCAGACUGCAUAUGAUUUUAAGCAGAGUACAACUACUAUUGUAAAGUUAAUGUGAAGAUAUGAGUAAAAAUAAUUUUUUUCCCAGAAAUUUGAUAUCUUUCAAAUUACAUCUUGACCUUGAAACGUUUGACUAUCCAGCCAAUUUCUUAAUGGUGUAAAAUCUCAUUUUCAAUAACUUACUGGUGCUGAAAUUGUUCACUAGCUGUGGUCUGACCUAGUUAAUUUACAAAUACAGAUUGCAUGGGACCUACUAGAGCAGCAUUUAUAGAGUUUGAUGGUAAAUAGAUUAGGCAGAACUUCAUCUAAAAUAUUCUUUAGUAAAUAAUCUUGACAUGUUUUCCAUACCUCGUCAGUUUCAUUCAAAAAAUAAGGUUUUAAAAUUUUUUAACAAAGUGGUUAGUAUUUACACAUUUAUAUUUCAACAUUGAUAUGUAGAGAAUUGAUUGACUGCUCAUAAGUUAAAUUGGUAAAGUUAGAGACACCUAUUCCUCAGCUCUCAUCAUUGAAAUUUAUCUCACCUUGUCUUUCAUAAAAGCUGAAAACUGUUGACUAAAAUGAAAAUCAACUAUUUGUGUUUUGAAGAUAGUUAUUAAUACUGCUAUUUGUUACAGUUUUGGGCACAGUAUAUUAAAGCAUAACUUGUAUUGUUCCAAUAUGUAACAUGGAGGGCCAGGUCAUAAAUAAUGACAUUAUAAUGGGCUUUUGCACUGUUAUUAUUUUUCCUUUGGAAUGUGAAGGUCUGAAUGAGGGUUUUGAUUUUGAAUGUUUCAAUGUUUUUGAGAAGCCUUGCUUACAUUUUAUGGUGUAGUCAUUGGAAAUGGAAAAAUGGCAUUAUAUAUAUUAUAUAUAUAUAUAUAAAUAUAUAUUAUACAUACUACUCUCCUUUAUUUCAGUUACCAUGCCCAUAGAAUUUGACAAGAAUUGCUAUGACUGAAAGGUUUUCGAGUCCUAAUUAAAACUUUAUUUAUGACAGUAUUCAUGAUUAGCCUGAAAUGCAUUCUGUAGGUAAAUCUCUCUGAGUUUCUGGAAUGUUUUCUUAGACUUUUUGGAUGUGCAGCCGCUUACUUGUUUGAAGUUACUUGAAGGCAUCACUUUUAAGAAAGCUUACAAUUGGGCCCUGUACCAUCCCAAGUCCUCUGUAGCUCUUGAACAUUUUUCUGCCAUAAUUAUUAAAGGGUAGUUGAGUAAAUAGCAUCACCAUUCUUCACUGUGGCACAGGUUAUAAACUUGAGUGGAGUUUACCGGCAGCAUCAAAUGUUUCAGCUUUAAAAAAUAAAAGUAGGGUACAAGUUACUAUUUAGUUCUAGAAAAUUUGUGCAAUAUGUUCAUAACGAUGGCUGUGGUUGCCACAAAGUGCCUCGUUUACCUUUAAAUACUGUUAACGUGUCAUGCAUGCAGAUGGAAGGGGUGGAACUGUGCGCUAAAGCGGGGGCUUUAACUGCAGCGUUGGGCAGAGUUGCCUUCUACCCUGCCAGUUGAGAAGUUCAAUCUGUUUCCAUGUAGACUAUAUAUACCAAGAAACUUGAGUCUGUUCAGCAGCCUUACUCCGGCUCAGUCUCUUCAGAUACUCUCGUGCCGUGCAGCAGUGGCUCUGUGUAAACGCUAUGCACUGAGGAUACACAAAAUGCCGUGUGUGCAAGACAUGCCUCCUCCAACCAGAUGUCCACUUGUUAUUGUGUUUGUUAACAGCCCUUUAUCUCCUAGUGUUAUAAACUCCACUUAAAGCUGAUUAAAGUCUCAUUCUUGUCA